GUCAUGACUUCAUAGUAGCUUCUUGUAUGAUAUCGUGCCUUCUAGAAGCGUAAUGCAGCUUCGAGGUCCCCGUUGGGGUGACUGGAAAGUGCUGGUCGCAUCCGAAGCUUCCUCGAUUUGACUUCGACGGCGGGGUUUCAAGAAGGUGCGUGAAGGUACGAUGAGCCAGCAAACGAGUAUAAAGCAGGCCCCCCAGAACCAUCCCCAGGUCUUCUCGUUGCACUCAGAAGGAGCGAGCAAACAAAAAGCGUCCCACAAGCUUCAUACUCAGUUUCAUGCACAUCGCGAGAAAAGUCACUCCAAAGAGACUUCCACGCCGCACCUUCAAGCCGUCCACCACAAUCACCACACUCCACACAAGACCCUUCACAACUCUAAACAACGACAAAAUGGCGUACUUCCCUCGUAACUUCUACGGCUCCGAUACCAGCUUCACCCCGCUGUUCCGUCUCCUCGAUGACUUCGACACCUACACGCGUUCUCAAGGAGACACCACCCGGGGCAAGGGCAACAUCGCCUUCCAGCCCAAGUUCGAUGUUCGCGAACUCGAGGAUGCCUACGAGCUGCACGGCGAAUUGCCAGGCAUCUCCAAGGAGAAUGUCUCGAUUGAAUUCUCCGACCCGCACACCAUGCUCAUCCGCGGCCGCAUUGAGCGCUCCUACACCGCCGGCACACCUCCCGCUGGCCUGGUCGAGGACACCCAGAUGAGCGGCGCCAUCACCGAGGGAGGCGAGAAGCCAAAGCUUCGCCAGGCAUCCGUUGAAGAGGAGUCCAGCGAGCAGGCGACUCCAUCAACCGUUGCCAAGUCGGAGGGAACCAAGAAGCAGCAGGACCGGGCCAAGUAUUGGGUCUCCGAGCGCACCGUUGGCGAAUUCUCUCGCACCUUCAACUUCCCUGGACAGAUCCAACAGGAUGGCGUAUCUGCUAGUCUCAAGGAUGGCAUCCUCAAUGUCCGCGUCCCGAAGACUCCCAAGCACGAGGCUCGCCGCCGCAUUGCCAUCGAGUAAACGGGCGGAGGGAGCUGGGACUCGACGCAAAAAGAAAACACCCUACAUCGCUGUACUGUUUUAAUCCGACAUGACGAUACGACUCACACAAAGCUACCGUUGCUUGGCGCUGGUGUUAGUUUGUUCUAGUUUGCUUUCAUUUUAAGUGAGGGGUUUCUCCUGUCGAUUACAUUCCUUUCUCAAACACAGUGAAGUCAUAAGAAGGACCUAGGGUGUUUUUAGCAAAAAGGGUGCGCUGUAUAAUAGGGUUAAUGGAAUGCAAACAUCUUUCUCUCCAAAGAGCUAGCAUUGACAUGGUAUGUGCAAUAGUGCUGCUGAGAGAGACGUUCAACAUACUCCCUGGGCUAUUCCU